AUGUGGCUUGAACGCGCCAAGUUCGUCAUCGAUUGGCACUCUGUCCACGCAUUCCUCGAGAGCUUCUACCCGAACGAAGAAGAGUAUGGAAGCGGUCCCAAGGAGCUUAUCAUUCAGUACGAGACGGCUUUCGACUGCACGCUCGAUCGACCAACGGAAAUCAUCCAUCUAGUGCGAUUAGGCUUGGCCUUCAAGGGACUGGAAGUACGCAUCAUCCAUUUCGAGGAUUGUGCUCCCGCUGGAGUGUCCAUCACCAAGCUGGUACAGUAUGGUGGUUGUACACGUCUCGGAACUGAAGACACUGCGCUAGUCAAGGAAGCGAAGCGGAAGUGGCGCGUUGCUGUACAGGAGUACGAGGUGAAGAGUGUAGUUAUCACUAUGCAAUCUCCGGAUGAAGCCGUGGAUGUUCGUGUUAAGUUCAGCGAGCAGCUCGCCUCAACGACGGGUACUACCGGACUUGACGGCCUAUGGGACGAGAUAGUGACCUCAGAACUUCGGAACCGCAUCUAUGAAUACGCGGCCGAGGCACCAUCGCGCAUCAUCAUGCUCAAGCCUGGCAACCCACCCACCAUCAGUCUCACACAAGUCUGUCGACAAAUUAGAGAUGAGUUCAGGAAGAUCUACAUGCAAAACGCUUCCUUCACAGUCAGAGACAAAGACAUCAAGAGGUUCACGAACGCGUUCUUUGCGCCGGGCCAUACGAACCAGUGGGUACUCGAUGGGCAACGCCCCUCCCGCGUCAUUUACCGCUAUCCGCGAUCCACGAAUGUGGACAUACUACCUCUCCUGGAAAUUAAGAUGUCGUCCCCGCAAACCGAGGUCAGCGUCAUCCCCGGUCCUGCAGAUACCGAAGAGCAAUUCUAUUCCCAGGAUAACUGCGCGACCGCGGAGAUCACUUUCGGUUCCUGGAUCUACCAGCAGGUAGGCGCAACCCUCUCCAGGCAAGAUUUUAGGGCUGACAUGUGUGUAAUAGAGUUGCGCAAUCGUAUCUACGACUUCGCCGUUGAGACCGAAGCGAACCGCCCUCGCUGCGUACUGCCAUGUCUUGCGCUUGCGCAGAGCUGUCAACAGCUGCGCACCGAGUAUCGAUCUAUCUGCCUGAAGCGAGACAUCAUUAUCGACUGGAAGGCGGUUACCGGUUACAUGCGCACUUUCUUUCCGAUCGAAAACGGUAAAAUCGACAACGUUGAGCUUGCACCAGCAAGCAUGACCAUAGUCACUCCUUGGCGCGGAGAUGCAGAAGGAGAAGACCAUUAUGGGCUUGAUAUGCUAUCGCUCGUCAAAAUUGGCCUCUGUCGACCAGACUUCACCUGUCACCUCGUCCACGAUACGGCUAAGCUGCAGCUUCACGACGAGCACGAAGAGAAACAUCGAGAGGGAUAUAACUUCAGGGGCUGGAUCGAUGAAGACGCAACAGCCGUAGAGAGGAUGAUGUUUAAUCGGCAUCCACGGUGGCUAUCCGAUAUAGAGACCGGUAGUAUCACCAGAAUCAUGGUUUCGAAUAUCGGCGUUAGCACUUCGCCCCAGGCAGCGUUCUACCUUAAAUCUCGGCAGUUGGUCGAGGACCUGGACGCUGAGGACGAGGAAUUUGAAGGAGGCACAUUGGGAGAAGCUUAUUUCAACAGAAUUGGCGUUGAUCCAUAUUGGGGAGAGUUUCCGGAGUUUCCUGGCCUAAGGAUUGAGGUAUGA